CCACAGCUCACCAGGAAGCUCAGCAUCGACCAUGGAGAUGCCACGGCCCGCGCUCCUCAUCCUCUUGGCCGCCUCGCUGCUCGUGCUAGCGUGGCCGGCUUCGUGCGCCGACCCCGUGCUCAUCCCUGUCGCCAAGGACCCGGCCACCUCCCUCUACACCGUCCCCAUCAGGGACGGCGACAACCACGUCAUCGACCUCGCCUGCCCGCUGCUCUGGUCCACCUGCGCCAGCGACCACCUUCCGGCGGCCUUCUCCUGCAAUGCCACAGAGUGCAGGGACGCCAACGCCUACCGCGCCCCGAGCUGCCGCAUCGCCGGCCAGCCCUGCAAGAAGCGGUGCAGGGCGUACCCGUACAACCCCAUCACGGGGCAGUGCGCCGCCGCAAACCUGGUCCACACCAGGUUCAUCGCCAACACCACCGACGGCAAGAACCCGCUGCAGCAGGUCUCCGUCCGGGCCGUGGCGGCGUGCGCGCCCAGGAACAUCCUGGCGUCGCUGCCCAAGGACGUCGCGGGCGUCGCGGGGCUCUCGGCGUCCGGCCUGGCGCUGCCGGCGCAGGUCGCGGCCUCGCACCGCGUCGCCAGCAAGUUCCUGCUCUGCCUCCCGAGGCGCGGCGAGGGCGUCGCCAUCUUCGGCGGUGGCCCGCUGUUCCUCCUCCCGGAGUCGGCCAUGGGCGACCUCACGGCGACGCUGGCGUUCACCCCGCUCCGCCGCAGGAAAGACAACCCCUUGUACUACAUCCCGGUGCAGGGCAUCGCCGUGAACCAGGCGCAGGUGCCGCUCCCCGCGAACGCGCUUGCCGCCGCCGGCGUCGUGCUCUGCACCCGGGUGGCGUACACCGCGCUCCGGCCGGACGUGUACCGCCCGGUCGUGGACUCGUUCGACAGGGCCCUGGCGCGGAACGACGCCAAGGUCCCGGCGGUGGCGCCCUUCGAGCUCUGCUACCGGUCGAGCAUGUUGGGGAACUCGCACCUCGGCUACGCCGUGCCGGACAUCGCCCUGGUGCUCGAGGGUGGGAAGAGCUGGACGUUCGUGGGCAGCAGCUCGAUGGUGGACGUGAACAGCCAGACCGCGUGCCUCGCCUUGGUCGAGAUGAAGGGGGUGAAGGCCGGGGAUCCCAGCGCGGCGGCGGUGGUGGUCGGAGGGUUCCAGAUGGAGAACCACCUUCUGCAGUUCGACCUGGAGAAGCAACAGCUCGGCUUCGCCAAGGUGCCGUUUUUCUCGGCGUGCAGUAACUUCAACCUCACCAAGACCCAGUACUACUAGUGCAGUGGAUUCUUCUCCUUCUCGGACCUCGAUCACGGCAAGUUAGUGGCCUGCAAAGUCUGUCACCUGUUUAAGUACUACUAGCUCGGUUUAAUGAUCAUGUGCACCGAUCAAC